GUGACUCGACGCGUCAGUCACGCCCCAUCACUCAGUCAGUGCGCGGCCCGAUCGCGAGUUUAUGCUCUCACAUCACUGCGGCCCGUAUCUUCUACUACUGAGUUAGGACGCACUUCCACAAACUAGAUCGACGAUGCCUCCUACUGGAAAUCCGGACGUGCCUCGCCCAGCGAAGAGACCACGGCUCGAACUUCCUGACGGAUUCGCGAAGGCAAGCACUCCUGCGAAGAAAGCUACUCCGCUCAAGUUCGUCUCCGCAUUUGAGACGCAGCCGCCACGGGCAAAGCCCACCAAGAUUGUGAAAGCGAAGGCGGGCGUACCUCCGUCAGAUCUCCCGCGACCCCCGAAGCAAGGUACUCCCGCGAAGAACACUGGGGCUUCGUCCUCCAAGCCGACCAGCCUGCGUGUUCUGAAGCCUCCCGCUCCACCACAGGCGCCGAAGUCUGCUGCAGCAGACAGUCCGAGCAAGAAUGUGUCCGCGUUGAGGGCGAGGCCUCCACCUCCGCCCCCACAGAAAGGUGCGAAUGAGCAACUCACAAGUAUCAGGCAUCUACAACCACGCCCGGUGACUCCUCCGCCGAAGCAUUCGCAGCACCUCAAGAGUAUAGCGCCUCCCCCACUUCCUGUAGCCGGCCCCUCUCGCUUGUCUGCGUCCGAUCUCAAGACGAUUUUCACGACCAAUGUUGCACUAGCGACGGACAUCCGGUCAGAGAGCGGACAGGCCGAAGUGCUGUCGAUGUACUUGCAGCAGCACGGACAUGGCUUCGUAGACCCCACCGAGCGAGAGUUGCAGCGGGGGCUGGAGCAGAGCCCGGAGAAGCUGUCGAAGCACACGAAGAACGCGAAGUUUGCAAGAGGAGGUCUUGCCGACCGAGCCAAGAUACAGUUCAAACACCGGCAGACGUCUCUCUCGCUCUGGCAAGCCUCCCUCGAGCUUGAGCUUCGCGCGAACCGACGCCCCACGCCCGACAUGCGUCUGCGCGUCACAUCCAUCCUCUACGCCGCCACUGAGACCGAUCACCUCCGUGCAUCACAUCCACCAUGCCUCACGCUGCUACGGUGCAGCAUUAUGCCGGAGUUCAGGCAGGAAGAGACGAUGCUGCUGCUGAACUUUGAUGCUGCGUCGGGGGCGUCAGCGCUGCGAUUCCAGAAGCCUGGUGACCUCCAGGUGGGGAGGGAGGUCUUUCUGUGGAAGCCUUGGUACUCCGUCAUCCCGCCGCCAGAAGUAUGCCGACGACUGGCUGUGUUGAAUCAGCAGGACCAAGACUCGUCGGAAGGACAAACGGCUGAUCUUGGGACGGUUCUAUUCUGCACGCGGUUCUGGCUCGCUCCAUUCUAGUGUCUGUCCAGAUACAUGCCUCGGGCGUUCUUGUUGCACCUGUAAGUUCCAGAUCUAGUGUACUGUUGGGUCGGAUGAUGUACGUUGAGCGUGUACUACGUUACCGUACUGUGCUUUCGAGAUUCUACAGAAUCUAACCGGCUUGCGGAUGGGCGCUAAGGUAGCCUCCUCGCUCACGUGGUUACGACGCGUCGCGUCGUCGCGCGAUCGAGAGCCCGGAGUCGCGAAACGCAUAAGUACACUCAACUCUUGC